AUGAGCACGAAUAGCAAGGCCCAACAGCAACAGACAGGGUCCAACGCGGUCUCCGGUAAUCAGCAUGCUCUCCCUCCUUCGACGAUGGUGGGCGUUGUGGAAGAGCAGAAGAACGACUUGAACAUGGUACAUAUUCUCCCCUUGGGACCGACCACGAGCCGAGAUGCAACAACGGCAAACGUGACUUCCGCCUCUAACACAGAUUUCAACUUGGAUGCAAGACAGAAGGAGGAUGACCAGACAGCCACUGAAACAAGCACCCUUCUGUCGAAGAAUCUACCCACGUUAUCAGAAGAACCGUCAACAAGUUCGCUCAAAGCAGACCUGCUGCAAAAGAAGCCGUCUACAGAACCCAUCAACCCAAACUUAAUUGGGUCCAACACGCUCUCGAGCAUAAAUGACAUGAAAUUGAAGAAGACCACAAAUCCCAGCAUGUCCAGCUUGAGGGCAAUGUCACUACAAGGGAACUACCCCACGGUUUCAUCUGCCAGCACGACGCUCACAAAAGGUUCGACGAGAGCAGAGUACUUUGCUGCCAAGUUGCAUGACGCCAUCAAAAGCGACCGCAAGAUCCAAAACGAAGCCGUCGAAACAUUUGUUUAUGAUACAACAACAAAGACUCCACCGGUCGACCAGACCAUCGAUAACAUCGAUACAGUUAUCAAAACAUCGACCAAAGAAGAGAAGUACAAAACGGCAAGCUCUGUCCUCCCUGAAACAGUAGCUCAAAACUUGCAAGACCAAAACCGCUAUAAGGAAAAACUUCAGAAUGUUUUUAACCCUGAUGAUUCUCCUGUUUCCUACAAAACUCUGGAUGACAAUUUUGACUCCAAAUCUCGUUCUUCGGGAGAUUCGAGGAAAAAUUCUAGAAAAAGAUCUUUUAAAAGUUUAAUGACACAAGUAGACCCAGCUAAUUUGCAACCACUGUCCAAGGUAGAUAAUACCGACAAUAAAUCAGUUAACCAGUUGAGACAGAUAACUUCUCGUCUUUUCGAUUCCAAAGCAGUUCAGCCUCGCCGAUACUCAGGCAUCGACUCUGAAUAUAAUAACGAUGACUCAUAUGAUGGGGACAUAGAUUACUACGAACCGAGCAUAUCAAACCCUACUUUGAACCAAGGAAAUACCAACAGCAUCACCUAUAGUUAUAAUAACAAAAAUAAUAGCCAUCGCAACAGUAAUGGGAAUAAUCCAUUCGAUUAUAUAAUAAACGAAUCUGAUUAUGAAGAUGAGCUAUCUAGCUAUUUUUCUCCAAACUAUAACCCAUCAUCACAAAAAGGUAAAGCCAGCAAUUCAAAUUACCUCAACAAGCAACAAAUUCAUGGAAAUUUGCUAACAGUACCCGACUAUGGGAGUAUGCAUGGGGAUAACAAGAGACUCUUGAGGAAAAGGAACGACAUCUACAAUUCUCCGCAUGACUUUACAUCUGUCCGUGCCCAAAGAUUAAAGCAAAUAAGAAGUUUUUGCUACACAGUGUCUGCUAUAUUCAUGUUGUUAUUUUUAGGUUUUAUUAGUGGAUUUGUUCUAGCAACCAACAAGGAACUUCAAAACCUGAAGGUAACAGAGAUACGAAAUACUAUAAUAAGCCAAGAAGAACUAGUGUUUGACAUGGUUUUUUCUGCCUUCAAUCCAGGCUUGAUGCCUAUAUCAAUUGAUACAGUCCAACUCGAUAUUUUUGCCAAGACAAACUAUCUCUCCACUGAAUCUGUUAGUAAAUCUUAUGAAACUGUGUUGUUAGGUGCAGUUGAAGCGCUAGACGUUCCUCUCUAUUUCCAAGGUGGAUUCCUAAAUAGACAGAAAGAUGUAAGUAAGACAGAAAUCAAGUUGAUCAACCCUUGUUCUUAUGAUAAAGGAAAUGGUGAUGACGAUCACCACAAUGAUGGUGAGGAUAAUGACGAUGAUAGUGAUGACGCUAUUAACGAAAAGAACCGAGCUUUAGAACUAGAGAACUAUGAAAGCUAUGAAAGCUAUGCAGGUAUUGCAAUCUCUGAAAGUUCCUUGAGGCCAAUCUCUCAUAUUCCAGACCCAAGGUGGGUGAAUAUAUCACGCAAUCCUUUCGAUUUGAUAGUACGGGGUGCUAUGAUGUACAAACUCCCAUUUUCAUCCCAAAAUCACACCGUUUCAAUCAGUUAUACCACCUACAUAGAUCCAGGGUAUGAUUACUAUUCUCUUGAGCUAAACUAA